UCUGGCGGCGGCUUCCAGACACCAGAAAAAUAAAAAAAACUUCGAACCAUUUUGCGCUCGAGCUUAAAAGAGAAGUCUUUAAACCACCAGUCUGAUGAUGAAGUGUACCAAAAGUCGAGUCCUAUUAAUGCUGGCCGUGCUAUCGGCAUCGUUAUCGUUAUCGAUAUGUGCACCAGCACCGCAGCAGGUCAACGUGGAGCUGGACUCUGCCUUGCAGGAUAGCAGUGAGCCGGAUUUGAAUCCCAUCAAUGCCGAGGAGGUAUUAGUUGGCCAAGAGCGCAACAAAAGAAAACUGCCCGAUGCCACGUUCGAGGCCAAGAACGCCGUGCUCGGCUUCGUCUUUGGCAAAAUCGACAAUUUCUUGGACACCAAGACGCGAGUGAUUGAGCAACUGGAUCGUGCCAAUAUUGAGAAGAAUAAGCAAUGGGACAUCAAGUCACCGGUUCCCAUCAAGGAUUUCCAGACCCUGAUCACGGCCGUCGUUUCGCCCAAGAUCCGUUCACUUGGAAAUAUUGCCAACGAUCUCACCACCGGUGUACUGACCACCAUCACAGCCUUUAGUGGCUCCUCGUCUGGAAAUGGAAAUCCCAAUGCUGGAUUGGGCAAUGUGGUGUCCAAGUUCCUUAGCUUCUCGGGACCAAUAUUGCAGGGUUCGUCCGGUGGUACUGGUGGCCUUGCCGGUGUCACGACACCUGCCCCCGAUUCGGAUGAGGCGGGAUAUUAA